UUAGCAUCCCACACACACACACACACUCACCACUUGUUUCCACAUCUCCUCUCUCUCGAGUCUCUACCACUCUCAGUCUCAAAAUGAAGCUUUCUAUGCGUUUGAUCUCAGCUGUUCUCCUCGUGUUCAUGAUAUUCGUAGCCACAGGGAUGGGUCCAGUCACGGUGGAGGCACGCACAUGUGAGUCAAAGAGCCACAGGUUCAAGGGUCCAUGUGUGAGCGGAAACAACUGCAAAAACGUGUGCCACAACGAAGGCUUCCCCGGAGGUAGAUGCCGUGGAUUCCGCCGUCGUUGCUACUGCACCAGACACUGCUGAUCCCAUCUAUCCGUUCUCAUGAAUCCCCAUCUCCGAUCGAUCCAUAUGGUCGUCUUUGAUUUCUUGUUUCCUUAAUCUUAUCUUUUGUACUGUACCAAUGUCGUACCGUACAAGUGUGUGCGUGUGGUUGUGUCCUAAAAAUAAGUCUUUGGUUUGUGUUUCCGAUCUUAAUGUAAUGUUAAAAUCAUCUCAAUGGCUUGAUUUUAUUUUUGUUUAAA